AUGUUACCCCCAGAAUCCCUUCAUCCCAAGAAAACAUCUAUUCCAGCAUUUCACACACACACAAUGGAGAACAUUAGUGAUGAAUACACACACUAUUUCGAAACAAUUAAGUUCCUCCAAGCAGAAGAACUUCAACGUUAUUUGGAUGAAGCAAUCCCUACACAUAAUGAUUCAAGCUCUCAAGAUGGAACACAGUCAUCAUCGAUGACCAACAAAAGCAUUGUUUCAGAGAGGAAUAGAAGGAAGAAACUCAAUGAAAGGCUCUAUGCACUGAGAUCUGUAGUUCCCAACAUUACUAAGAUGCAUAAAGAAUCGAUAGUCAAAGAUGCCAUCGAUUAUAUUAAAAAAUUGCAUGAAGAAGAGAGGAAAAUUCAAGCAGAACUAUCAGAUUUGGAAUCAAAAAGUGCAAUUUCUGAGUUUGAUCACGAGGAAGCUUUUUCUUUAAACCAAAAGAGAAUAACAAGUGAAAGCUUCUACGAUUCUGGAGGAUCAAGUUCAUCUCCUAUUGAAGUUCUAAAGUUGAGAGUAUCCAGUGUGGGAGAGAAGACAGUCUUAAUUAGCCUCAUAUGCAGCAAAGGAACGAAUACAAUGGUAAAGCUAUGUGAGAUAUUUGAAUAUUUGAACCUCGAAAUCAUCAGUGCAAACAUCACUUCUUUCUCUGAUAGGGUUUUGAAGACUGUAUUUGUUCAGGCUGAUGAAAAGGAGAAAGAUCUUUUGAAGAUUAAAAUAGAAACUGCCAUAGCAGCUCUAAGUGCUCCACACAACGCUAAUAGUUAA